AGAGGCGAUUGAGCAGGUCGCUAGUGGCGCGUUCCACUCCAGUCAUGGCGGCCCGCCGACCGGUCGCGGGCAGCGGGGCUCUGGCAACGUGCGGUCUGGAGAGCAUUCUGGAGGCGCUGAAGCUUCUGCUGAGCCCGGGAGCAUCGGAUUCAGGUUCACUACAGAUCACAAAACAUGAUGUCCUGUUGGCUACUUUAAGCUCCAACCUGUCUGCUUUGGAGGACAAAUUGCUGAAGGAUCCUCACUGGAAGAAACUGAAACUCCUAAGGGAUGAAAUUGCUAAUAAGGCAGAAUGGCCACAAAACUCUGUGGAUGUCACCUGGAGUUUUACCUCUCAAACUUUGUUGUUGCUGUUGUGCUUGAAGGAAACCAUGAUCCACCUUGCAGCUGACUUCAGUCCAGGUAAACCCAGCCUGAGGACUCCGGAAGCCGCUCCUGCCCUGAGCCCAGAUACACUUAGCAUCUCACAGCAGAAGACUGUCCAGUCCGUGUUGCAGUUCGUAGUCACCUUCGGUGUCUGCCCGUAUCUCGUGCCUGGUGUGGGAGUCCCUUUGAGAUGCAGGACCGCGUUUGGUGCCGUUGUUCAGGAUGUGGUGUGUCUGAGCGCUCCUCCCGAUGCGACCCGGAGACUCUACACCAGCUGCAGGAUUCUUCUGAACAUUGCGCAUCACACUUCUCUGGGGAGCUUGAUUUUCUGCCGCCAUUUUGGGGAUAUUGCAGCAGGUCUGUGUCAGCUGGGAUUCUGCCCCACCAAGAGAAAACCGCUACCUGAGGAAGAGGUUUUAACGGAAGAGGAAAGAACCUCUUCUAGGGAGGCCUUGAGAGACAUCUUGGAUCAAGUGUAUCAACCCUUAGCAGUCCGAGAAUUACUUAUCCUCCAGGGAGGACCACCCCAGUCCUGCACAGAUGAAAAGACACAAGUUAGGUGUCGGGCCCCAGCUUGGCUUCGGCGUCUAUGUGGGCAGCUGCUCUCCGAAAGGUUGAUGAAACCCAGUGGUGUUCAGGCAGUAGUCCGGGGCAUUCUGGAAGGAGCAGGUGCUGGGGCGGCUGGCGGGAGUGAUGCAGAGGCAAUGGCUGCUGACUGGAAGAAGUGUGACUUGAUUGCAAAGAUCCUGGCCUCUUGUCCCCAGCAGUCUCUUUCACCAGAGGAUUACUAUCGAGAUAUCUGCCCCCAGAUUCUAGAUUUAUUUCACUUUCAAGAUAAAUUGACAGCGCGACAGUUUCAGAGAGUUGCCACCACUACCUUUAUAACCAUGUCGAGAGAACGCCCACAAUUGGCUUCGAAGUAUUUGCUUGAACCGGUGCUAGCCCCCCUCCACCGAUGUUUAAACACCGCAGAGAUUCCAGAGAGUGGCAUGGCUCCAGGGACCAUUUUGGUAACAGAAGAGGAACUUAGUAGAUGUAUUGAGGAUGUAUUUAAGGUGUACGUGGUCGGGAACGAACCUUUGACGGUUUUAGUGGACUCCCUGCUUCCAGUCUCGGGUGUGCUCUUUUCUCUCUACUGUUUCACCAAGCAAAGCGUGUCUCAUAUAAGGUCACUUUGCCAAGAGAUCUUAUUAUGGAUUCUGGGGAAGCUAGAGAGGAAGAAGGCAAUUGCCAGCCUGAAAGGAUUUGCAGGAUUGGACAAAUCUGUGUCCUGUCUUCCUUCUCUGUGUCAGUUUAGAGCGGCCGCUCAAGGUGGCAUCAUGAUUACCAUCAAAGAGACCGUUUGUGACGAAGAUGAGGAUGAAGCCUUGUACCAGAAGGUGUCCUCAGAGCAGUGCCGGGUUGAGCACCUUGGGGACUUGUUAUCCCACUGCCAGGAGUGUGGUUUGGCAGGUGACUUCUUCAUCUUCUGCUUGCAGGAAUUGACUCAUGUGGCCAUGGAAAAUGAGACAGAGUUAAAAACAAAACCCUUCUCCAGCAAAAGCGUCUUGGAGUUAGAGCAGCACCAAACUCUUGUGGAAGGCCAGGGCCAGAAGCUGCUGGUUCUACAGCUGUUGGCCAUUCUGUGCGAGAGGAUGUCUGAGCAGAUAUUCACAAAUAUCACUCAGGUUGUGGACUUUGUUGCAGCAACCCUGCAGCGAGCGUGCGCAAGCUUGGCCCACCAGGCAGAGAGCACCGUGGAAUCGCAGACGCUGAGCAUGUCCAUGGGGCUGGUGGCUGUCAUGCUGGGAGGAGCUGUUCAGUUGAAGUCAGGUGAUUUCGCUGUCCUGAAGCAAUUGCUGCCUUUGUUGGAGAAGGUCUCCAAUGUGUACCCUGACCCUGUCAUCCAAGAGCUCGCUGCCGAUCUCCGCAUCACCAUCUCGACCCAUGGGGCGUUUUCCACCGAUGCUGUCAGUGUGGCUGCCCAAAGUACCCUGAACAGAAAGGAUCCAGAAGGGAAAAUAGAAGAACAGCAACCAACCAGUCAUGAAAAGAACAGUAAUGGGUCUGACCUCGAACAACAGCAAAGCCGGGAGAAAUCCAGGCAAAUGGGCCUGAAAUCUCACACUCCACCCAUUGCUCAGGAGGUCAGUGUGUCCAGAACUACUACAAACCACAAGUCUGGAAGCAUCACCACAGACCAGCUCCAGGAGGUUAUUUUAUCGGCUUAUGAUCCUCAGAUUCCAACGCGGGCUGCUGCCCUGCGAACUCUUUCCUGCUGGAUAGAGCAGAGAGAAGCAAAAGCCCUUGAGAUGCAAGAGAAGCUUCUCAAGAUAUUCUUGGAGAACUUGGAGCAUGAAGACACCUUUGUAUAUCUGUCUGCUAUUCAGGGGGUUGCCUUGCUCUCAGAUGUGUACCCUGAGAAAAUCUUGCUUGGCCUGUUGGCUCAGUAUGACGGUGGUAAAGACAAGCACACGCCAGAGACCAGAAUGAAAGUCGGGGAAGUCCUGAUGCGGGUUGUCAGGGCAUUAGGGGACAUGGUCUCAAAGUACAGAGAACCUUUGAUCCACACAUUCCUGAGGGGGGCAAGAGAUCCAGAUAGUGCUCACAGGGCCAGCAGCUUAUCUAACCUUGGAGAACUGUGCCAGAGGCUGGACUUUCUGCUGGGCUCUGUGGUUCAUGAGGUAACAGCUUGCCUGAUUGCUGUGGCUAAGACAGACCAUGAAGUUCAAGUGCGCAGAGCUGCCAUCCACGUGAUCGUGCUGCUGUUUCGGGGCCUCAGCCAGAAAGCUACUGAGGUGCUGAGGGAUGUCCUUAAGGAUCUCUACCACCUGCUGAAACACGUGGUGCGUUUGGAGCCCGAUGAUGUGGCCAAGCUCCACGCCCAGCUGGCCCUUGAAGAGCUGGAUGAGAUCAUGAGAAACUUCCUCUUCCCACCACAGAAGCUGGAGAAAAAGAUUGUGGUCCUGCCCUAGACCUGGCUCUAAGGACAUCAAGGAGGUAGAGGACCAAGAGCAGUGCCCAGUCCUUCCAGCAGGUGGCCCCACUGCCUCUUUGGUGCUGGCAAUAUGGCUGACCCUGGAUGGCUUUGUGUGUCUGGUCAUUUGUGCCUUCAGGCUGACCUUCCUAAAGCAUCUUUAUAGCAUCCUGCAUCCAGCCUGAAGCAUGUGUCAUUAGAAGACAAAA